CUCAUCCCCAUGUCUUCAUAAGCAGAGCCUUGUGCUUGCCAAUUCAGUGCUCAUCCAAUGGCUCCAACUCUCAUCACAAACAAGCCCUCAGGCGGCUGCCUUCUCUUCUUCCUCCUAUUCUCUUCAUUCUCAGCCCUCUCGUUCGCCUUAACCGAUGCUGAAGUCGCCUUCAUAGCUCACCGCCAGCUCCUGGCUCUCCCGGAGGGAGGUGACCUUCCUGAAAACUAUGAGGUUCAAGUGGAUGCCAAGCUCAACUUUGAAAACGACAGGCUCAAAAACGCUUAUGUUGCUCUUCAGGCCUUGAAGAAGGCCAUCUUCUCCGACCCUUUUGGCUUCACAGUCAAUUGGGAAGGUGAAGAUGUUUGCUCCUACAAAGGGGUCUUCUGUGCACCGGCGCUUGACGAUGAAAAACUGACCGUUGUGGCCGGUUUGGACCUGAACCAUGCCGACAUUGCUGGCCAUCUCCCUGUCGAAAUGGGGCUCUUGACUGAUGCUGCUCUCAUCCACCUCAACUCCAACAGGUUCUGCGGUAUUAUCCCACGGAGCUUCAGGAGACUGAUACUUAUGCAUGAGUUUGAUGUCAGCAACAACCGAUUCGUCGGCUCCUUCCCUGUGGUGGUCCUCGAAUGGCCUAGUUGCAAGUACCUUGAUCUCCGGUACAACGAUUUCGAAGGGGAGCUGCCUCCAGAGCUUUUCCACAAGGAGCACGACGCCUUGUUCUUGAACCACAACCGAUUCACAUCAAUAAUUCCAGACACCUUGGGCCACUCCACGGUUUCUGUAGUGAAUUUUGGGUUCAACAACUUCACUGGUUGCAUACCACGAAGCAUUGGUAACAUGAAAAAUCUGAAUGAGAUUAUUUUCAUGAACAACCAACUUGGUGGCUGCUUCCCUCCUGAGAUUGGAAACCUUGGAAAUCUGCAGGUUCUUGAUGUGAGCAACAAUGUGUUUAUUGGUUCCUUCCCAAAGACCUUCUUGGAGCUCCGCAGCAUAGAGGAAUUGGCUGUUGGGUACAACAGGUUGACAGGGUUUGUGACUGAAAAGAUUUGCUCCUUGCCUAAGUUGGCCAAUUUCACAUUUGCUUACAAUUAUUUCAGUGGAGAAGCUCAGAAAUGUAUGCCAAAUCCCAAACGUGAGGUGAACUUUGAUGACACGGGCAACUGCAUGCCCGGCAGGCCCAAGCAAAAGAAUACCAAGACUUGCUUCCCUGUGGUCACUAAGCCAGUGGAUUGCAGCAAGCAUUGUGGUGGUGGUUCUUCAACCCCGGAUAAGCCAAAGACACCAAGGCCUCAACCACCUCAGACACCAAAGACCGAGAAGCCUCCGACCCCCAAGGCUGAGCCACCAUCGACACCAAAGGCGGAGCCACCACCCACUCCAAAGGCCGAGCCACCUCCCACGCCUAAAGCCGAGCCACCUCCCACGCCAAAGGCCGAGCCACCACCCACUCCAAAGGCCGAGCCACCACCCACACCAAAGGCCGAGCCACCACCCACGCCAAAGGCCGAGCCACCACCCACUCCAAAGGCCGAGCCACCACCCACACCAAAGGCCGAGCCACCACCCCAUAAAGGCCGAGACCACCACCAGCUCCCAAGGUCGGUGCCACCUCCACACCAGGCCCCACACCCCAGGCAAGGGGAGCCACCUCCCACACCCAAGGCCGAGCCACCACCAACACCAAAGGUUGAGCCACCUCCCACACCCAAGGCCGAGCCACCUCCCACACCCAAGGCUGAGCCACCUCCCACACCUGAGGCCGAGUCACCUGAAACACCUGAGGCUGAGCCACCUCAAACACCUGAAGCUGAACCACCUCAAACACCUGAGGCUGAGCCACCUCAAAUACCAAAGGCUGAGCCACCACCAUCACAAACACCUGCACCUGGACCAGACCCAACUAACACAUCUCCGGUGCCGAAGCAUUCACCUCCACCACCAUCUCCAGAGCCAGUGCAGUCACCUCCACCACCGGUAUUCUCUCCACCACCACCAGCACCAGUCCAUUCCCCACCGCCACCUGUUCAGUCCCCACCACCUCCAGUUCAAUCGCCACCCCCACCGGUCCAAUCGCCACCCCCACCGGUCCAAUCCCCACCACCUCCAGUUCAAUCCCCACCCCCACCGGUUCAAUCCCCACCCCCACCGGUUCAGUCCCCACCACCUCCAGUCCAAUCCCCACCCCCACCGGUCCAAUCCCCACCACCACCGGUUCAAUCCCCACCACCACCAGCUCCCACUCCAUCUCCUCCUCUACCUCCUCCUGCUCAGUCUCCACCACCAACCGAACCGGACUUCGUGCUGCCACCAAACUUUGGCGCCCUCUACUCGUCCCCACCACCGCCAAUGUUCCCAGGCUACUGAGUACUAGUUUAUCAUUCGACAUGUUUCCCAUAUUUUGUAUUUUUUUUCUUUUUUCAAAAACACCUUCUACACACACUCGCUUUGUAACUUUGGGAAUCUUACUGAACAAUGAAAUUUGAAAUUUGAACUACCUUCCAUUGCUA